AUGGUUAAAAGAAGUAUAUUCAUUAUCCAUAAUGGGUUCAACACUCCAUUUUGGGAAGCAAAAUGGUUGGAAGGGCCUAGCUUGAAAGAGGAAUUUCUGAAGUUGUAUAAGAAUUCUAAUUUGAAGGGAGUUUUGGUGGCGGGAAUGGGGGGAUGGUACGAAGGUGAGUGGUUAUGGGGAAAUUUUGGCCUAAAGUUGGGUGGUAAUCAUUUAGCGGCGGAUUUGGUUAAGUUGAAGGACCGGUUGGAAGCGUUUCAAGGGUGGAAGCAAGGUAAAGAUGUGGUUGUUUGGACCGAUAACGUGAGGAUCAAAUUUUCUGUCUCUUCUUGUUACGAAUUGUAUGGGAAAAUUCAUUCUCCAUUCGGUCCUCCAAACAAAUACGAUGAAGCAUUCAGGAUUUUAUGGAAAAUGGAAGUGCUGUAUAAAAUCAAAAUUUUUGGGUGGAGACUUUUUCUUGAUAAGCUUCCAACGAAAGAUGGUUUGGUGUAUAGAGGUAUGUCCUUCUCUCUUGAUAACCUUAAGUUCACUUUAUAUGGUAUUGAGUUUGAAAAUAGAGACCAUUUCUUUUUUAGUUAUUUGAUGGUUAAAAAGUUUUGGGGAGAAGUAGCUUUUUGGGUGGGUAAAAGGGUUAGUUUGGAGAAUGAGUGUUUGCCAAACUUUAUGGAGUGGUACUCGUUCUUUCGCAUACAUAAGAUUAAAGAUUGUAUAUUGGGUGUGGUGUGGCUUGUUACCACAUUGUCUCUUUGGUUGCACAGGAAUGACGUGUGUUUUCAGAAUGAAGCUUGGAGCAUUAACAACACCGUUUGUAACAUCAAGUUCUUAGUUUGGAAAUAA